AUGCCGGCCACCUGUAAUGCAAUGCAUACAACUGGGCCGGGUGACUACUGGCCAUACCCCUUUGAUAUGAACGAUGCUGUGAAACUUAGCCUCAUGUCAUCCUCAUCCUAUACGUUGAAUUUCUUCCCCCUGGGCCGUGACAUCCACUGUACACCGCAGCGCUUGGUAGCGUCUAUUUUAGUACGGAUGUUCCACGUAAGGUCACUUAAGUGGCCCCCUCUUACAUCCCCGUCCAAUCAAGAAAUUUCCCUCGUUCGGACUGUUACCAUUCAAGAUUAA